AUGACUGAAAAUUUCCAAGAGGUAGACUUUGGGACGAUAACAGAAAUCCAGUCAAAGCGCACUUGUCCCGUAUGCCGAUUAGUACUCUGCAUGCUACUUUCCAGACCUACUGCGAGAUUUAGCCCGCAACAACAAAUCAGUCCGUCACCGCAAAGAAUCGUGCUAAGAAGAAUGGGAAGAGAUGGAUUCAUCAUUUGGCAAGACGGCGUUAUCCAAGGCGAGCUGAACUAUUUCUUCCCCAACCAUCAAAUCAAUGCUCAGUCGAAUUGGUGGUUUCCAUUCAAAGACACCGCAUGCGAAACGCCGAACACCCUGGAUUAUGCCAAAGUGAACCGUUGGAUUACCAAAUGCGACUCCGAUCACAUUCACUGUAAAACAGCUCACUCUGUGCGCAACACAGGACCCUCGACACAAACUUAUUUCAUCGACACUUUCAACAACUGUCUUGUCUACAGAGAUACCAGUGUCAGGUAUUUGGCACUGAGUUAUGUAUGGGGUAAUGCAGUCAUGUUUAAAACAACAUCCUCGAAUUGUAACGCUCUUCAGCAACCCGGAGCACUUCUUGGCAUCGAACCUCCCUUAAGCCCUGUGGUUAGAGAUGCCAUCGAAGUUUCGCGCCGACUAGGAAAACGAUACUUAUGGAUCGACGCUCUGUGCAUUCCACAGGAUAACGAAAUUGAGAAGGCUAAGCUGAUCCCACAGAUGGAUUCAAUUUACGCCCAAGCCUUCCUCACCAUCAUCUCCUUAAGCGCGGACAGUGCCCAAUCUCCAUUGCCAGGUGUUCGGCAAGGCACACGAUUGGCGAGUAUUGUGGCUCCAACUUACAGCCUAUACACGCGGCUACUUUUCGACUUCUCCAAGAGGAAAUUGACGUACUCGGAGGACUCGCUCAAAGCAAUCAGUGGCAUGUUUUCCGUGUUUUCAAGUCGAUUCGGAUGGCGAUUUGUUGCUGGGAUGCCUUCCCAUCUCAUGAGUCAAGCUCUCUUAUGGAGAUCAGCUUCCCCUACCCGGUUGCGUAAUCCAAAUUUCCCAAGCUGGUCGUGGGCAGGGUGGAGUGGCCGGUCACACUGGAAUUUCCAAAAUUUCAUGGAUCCUCUUUGGGUGGAGUCCGAGAUCGGAAACGCUCCACUGAUUCCUCUACAGUCUGAAAUCGAAAUCCUGCAGGGGCACAAUCCUGAAGCACCGAGCAGUCUAGAUCCUCAAGAUACGAUCAGAAGUUCCGUUCUUCACCUUAACGUUGAUUCGGUGCAAAUGAGUACGUUUCAAAUUUUACCUCGCAAACCAACACAUGGGCAGUCGGAUUAUAUUUCAAUUGCCCCGUACGAAGAGAUAUGGACUAUGGAUGGCCUUAGAUGCAGCAUUCUAUAUGACUUCCAAGGUGGCAAGGUAGGAGUCCACAAAUUCAUUGCACUGUCAAGGUCUCGGUGGACAAAGGAACAUGUGGUAUCUCGUGGUAGAGUAUAUGGUGAACAUUCUGCUUCUUGGUUUGGCCAUAUUUGUGAUGACGGAAAGUUGGAGUUCUCAGAAUAUUGCCUUGUGAAUGUCAUGCUAGUAGUAACUAAAGAAACUAAAACAGAAAGGGUUGGAAUCGGGCUAGUACAUAAUGAUGUGUGGCGGGCGGUCGAAAGGGUGAGGGAGCAUAUUGAGCUUCGCUAG